GUUUCCCUUCAACGUGACUUUACCGAAAGAGCUAAGAAUACAUAAAAAAAGUCAUUAAAACACUGCAGGACACAAGUGAUUGUUCAGAUGAAGAGGAGGAGGUUCUUAAAGGAAACGCUGAACGAAUGGACGUUAUGAACGCAGCGGGACCAGCUGUUGAAACAAAAUGAUCAGAUAUAUUUGCUAAAUGAUAAAACAAAGUUAAAGGCGCAGCCCUGCAAUUUCUUGCCCACGCCACUGCUGGCAGAAGGGGCUGCGCCAGACGGAUCGCUCGAGAAAGCCCACCUCCCCCUCUUGUGCAAUGAUGGCUGAAUGUUUACGAUAACAGUAGGAAUUUCUCAACAUCAAACUGCAGCAUAAUCGAAUUAUAAAUCUCGGAUGUGAGCAGUGCCUGGUACCACAGCUAUUACAGAUAAGUCUGUUACAAGCAUCGCUCAUGCGAAGUGAUAGGGUUUCAUGUUUUACUUACAUAAAAGCACAGCUGGGUCAAGAUACCCAAUGUUCCAGACAGUAAUAGCGCAGCCUCUGUGUUUAUGACGUGCAUAAGGCUCUGUUUGAUCUGACUCACAGUCUCAAUGAGUGAAAUGUCAUUGACCCUGGGAUUGCUUUACAUUUACUUACAUGACACAUUGAUGACCCACAGUCGUGUGAUAUGCGUACAUGUAAGUCGUGUGUUAUGCGUCGUGUGUUAUGCGUGUAAGUGUAUGUUUGACGUGAACAAUCAUUUGAAAUUAUGUUUAAGGUAACGUAAUGAUAUAUAAUCUGCCGAAACCGCCUUAAUGUAUAGAGGACUGCAGAACUUUGGUAACAACUGUUGAGCGAUACCCUUUCUUGGUGAUGUACCCUUUGCGUCACGAAGAGGCCAACCGCAAUGGAGAAUCCCGUAUACUGAAUACAGACAAAGCCAUAGUGAUCACUAUUAUCAUCACGAUCCAUAGGCAGAUUGCACGUAGGUAUGCACUCUACAUUCAUAACACAAAAUAAUACAAUUUGAAGAGGUAUUGUCUGCUUCUCUACUUAAAAAAAAUUGAUACUACUCACAACGACGCCGAUGAUGCGUUAUCUUCUAAUUUUGCUUCAAAAUAGUACUCAUCUAACAGAGAGGGUCCUUGCCUUUAACAUCUAGCAGUUUACCGGCAUUGGUUCAAGCAAACCCGACUUUGCUGAUGAGACACUGUGGUCAAACCCAUUCCAGCAAUGCUGAAACUAUGGACUCCGAGAAGUGUUAAAGGGCCGUUGAGUUGUGUAACAAAAACACAUUUUUUGACGAGAGAGAAACAGAUAUAUAUAAAUUGAGGUGUAUCGUCACAUUACCUAGAGUGAUACAGGCCACUUGAGUCAUCAGACGUGACUUUAUUCUGCAGUGAGGCAGGGGGGGUCAAAGCCCUCCGUUUCACGUUACAGACACACAGGAAGCGGUCGAUUGGAAAUUCGGAGAAGCUUGGGUGGGCGGCUAUGACCGUAUAUUGCUCUCCGGGUAUAUAAGGGUCACGCGCGCUGCUGGGGAUUUAGCUCACCGCCAGUGAACAGGAGCGAAGAGAAUCAUUUUACGUGGGCACGUGCCGCCAGGUGUGAGUCACCGAGUGAGGCCGUAGGUCUGUGAGUGUAAAGGCUGCGAGGCCAUUGUAUAUUGGUGAGGCUGCCUCAACUUGUUUCGCCCACAUUAUUGAGAGUUAGCGAUGACUUCGACGAUGGGCGGUAGAGCUCAGCUGAUGUCUCUGCUGGCGCUGGUGUUGGGGCUGGCCCUGCUCGUGAACCCCGGAUCCCUCCUCCGGGUGGGCUGGGGGCUCCUGGGGUCUCUUCUGAGCCUCGCUGGCCUCGUAGGGGCCCUGGGGACAAUGCUCGGCCUCACGGUGCUCUACCUGCAGUCGUGGCAGGAAGACACCAAGCGAGUGGACGCGCUGCACAAGAAGGCUGUGCUCGUCACGGGCUGCGACUCAGGCUUCGGACUGCAGUUCGCACGCGAGCUGCACGGGCUGGGCAUGACGGUGCUGGCCGGCUGCCUGCAGACCAAGAGCCCCGGGGCAAGCGAACUGGCCGCACUCAACUCGCCCCGCAUGCACGUGCUGGCGCUGGACGUGACGAGUGACGAGAACGUUGAGGAGGUGCUCCGAGUGGCCCAAGGAAUCGUCACUGACAACGGGCUCGAGCUGUGGUGCGUCGUGAACAACGCGGGCGUGGGCUGCAUGGGCGAGAUCGAGUGGACGAGAAUGAGCUCCUUCAGGAUGGUCGCCGAGGUGAACCUGUGGGGUGCCGUGCGCAUCACCAAAGCGUUCCUGCCACUCCUACGCCGCUCCAGAGGGCGCAUCGUUAACAUGUCCAGCAUCGCCGCACGCACCUCGAGCUACAACAAUUGUGCAUACGCCAUCACCAAGGUGGCCUUGGAGAGCUUCUCGGAUGCCCUGCGCCUGGAGAUGCACAAGUGGGGCGUGCAGGUGAGCCUCAUCGAGCCGGGCAACUACACCCUGCACACCAACCUGGUGGGCGACACGUCCGGCGCGGACCACUUCUGGAACGCGCUGCCCGAACCACUGCAGCGCGACUACGGCCGCGAGUACGUGGCCGCGUUCGCGUCCCAGCUGCGGCUCAACCUCGAGAGCAACAGCAGCACCGACGCGAGCCCCGUCGUCAGCGCCCUGCGCCACGCCGUGACGUCCAGGUGGCCGCGACGCCGCUACCUGCCGGCCUCGCGCUCCGAGCGCUUCGCCGUGGCUCUCUUCUCUGCGCUGCCGGCUGUCGUCGCCGACCGGCUGUUCACGAGCCCGGUGAGGCCCGGGGGUCAGCAGAGAAUCAUACCGGACCUGCUCAAGCAAGGUGGAAGGGGGGGGGGGGGACUAAGGGCACGGCCUUGACUGCGGCGAGGCUGUCUUGAGAGAAAGAAAUGGGACAUUGGCGAGAGGAAGGGACCUUGAAGAUUUGAGUCUGGGUCGCGAGCACUAUAAGUACACAAUCAUCUUUUAUUCAGUAAUCAUGCCUCCAUUUAUUAUUCAAAGUACAUCUCAAAACAAAGAAUUGGUGCUUUCCAGCUCGAGUGCAAGGACUGGCACAUCUUCUCUGUACUCUGAUGCAAGGUCCAUCUGCUGGCUACUCAGGCAUUGACAAGAGCUGCAGAGCUCAGCGGGAGUUUACUUGGGUAAUAAAACUUAAGAGCAUUGCACCAGGUGCACAUUCCACAUGCCUUAUAUAAUUUUACAGCCAUUUAUUAUUCGAAUGUUGAAGACCUACCCAUGCAGAGCCAGAUGUUGGAUCAUAAUUCAGAGAUUAGAUGCGAGAUGGAGAGGAGCACAGAUGUGUUAAAGUACAGUCCAAUAAAGGAUGUCGCUAGACUCCACAAGCAAUCACGUAGCCUCACAGCCUACCAACCUGCCAUGCCUGCUGGUCACCCAUUACAGCCCUCUCCAGGCUCAAUCCUAUACUUGAGAUGCAUAGCUGUGAAACUCUUGGAUGAGCUUCCUAGCUCAGAUUCCUCCAGGAUGACCAAAGAUCGAUAUCCGAGGCCUGAGAAAAUGACGUCAGGUACAAUCUCACUUUGAGAAACCUCUGAAGCACUAUUGUUUACUCACCUUGAAUCCUGGAGCACAUUUCGUGAACGUUGGUGUGCGUCCGUCAAUCCCACACCCCAUUGCCUACGUUUGACUUGUUUUCGUUGGCAACGGUUUCUCCAAAUGUAAGAAACUUAUUCGGUUUGCGUUUUUUUCUUGAAAAUUGCACUGUAGUUCCUGCCUAUGGGCACACCACACCAA